AUGUUGUUAGCCCAAAUAAAUCGAGAUUCUCAGGGAAUGACAGAGUUUCCUGGAGGAGGAAUGGAGGCUCAACAUGUUACCCUGUGCUUGACAGAGGCAGUAACGGUGGCAGAUGGUGACAAUUUAGAAAAUAUGGAAGGUGUAAGCUUGCAAGCAGUAACACUUGCAGAUGGUUCUACCGCUUAUAUACAACACAAUUCUAAAGAUGGAAAACUCAUAGAUGGCCAGGUCAUUCAGUUGGAGGAUGGUUCUGCUGCCUAUGUUCAACAUGUACCCAUACCCAAAAGUACAGGGGACAGUUUGCGUUUAGAGGAUGGUCAAGCAGUGCAGCUAGAAGAUGGAACUACAGCAUUUAUUCACCACACCUCCAAAGAUAGUUAUGACCAGAGCGCAUUACAGGCAGUUCAGCUGGAAGACGGCACCACAGCAUACAUCCACCACGCAGUGCAAGUCCCACAGUCUGAUACCAUCUUGGCAAUUCAGGCUGACGGCACAGUAGCAGGUCUGCACACCGGGGAUGCCACGAUUGACCCCGACACCAUCAGUGCUUUGGAACAGUAUGCAGCAAAGGUGUCCAUUGAUGGAAGUGAAAGUGUAGCAGGUACUGGAAUAAUUGGAGAGAAUGAGCAAGAGAAGAAAAUGCAGAUUGUCUUACAAGGACAUGCAACAAGAGUAACUGCUAAGUCUCAGCAGAGUGGAGAGAAGGCAUUUCGAUGUGAAUAUGAUGGAUGUGGGAAAUUAUAUACAACGGCUCAUCAUCUUAAGGUCCAUGAGAGGUCACACACAGGAGACCGGCCUUAUCAGUGUGAGCACCUAGGCUGUGGGAAAGCAUUUGCAACAGGUUAUGGAUUAAAAAGUCAUGUCAGAACUCAUACAGGAGAAAAGCCAUAUCGGUGUUCAGAAGAUAAUUGUACUAAGUCUUUCAAAACUUCAGGAGAUCUACAGAAACAUAUAAGAACUCAUACAGGAGAAAGGCCCUUUAAAUGUCCCUUUGAAGGCUGUGGUCGGUCUUUUACAACAUCAAAUAUCAGAAAAGUGCAUAUUAGGACACACACAGGAGAAAGACCUUAUUAUUGCACAGAACCAGGAUGUGGGAGGGCAUUUGCCAGUGCAACCAAUUAUAAAAAUCAUGUGAGGAUACACACAGGUGAAAAGCCAUAUGUUUGUACAGUCCCUGGAUGUGACAAAAGGUUUACAGAAUAUUCCAGUUUGUACAAACAUCAUGUUGUUCACACUCAUUCCAAACCAUACAACUGUAAUCACUGUGGGAAGACCUACAAGCAGAUCUCCACACUAGCCAUGCACAAACGGACGGCCCACAAUGACACUGAGCCCAUCGAGGAGGAGCAGGAAGCCUUCUUUGAGCCUCCCCCAGGUCAAAGUGAAGAUGUUCUUAAAGGGUCCCAGAUCACGUAUGUUACAGGUGUAGAAGGGGAUGAUGUUGUGUCUACACAAGUAGCCACAGUAACCCAGUCUGGGUUGAGUCAACAAGUUACACUCAUAUCCCAGGAUGGGACUCAGCAUGUCAACAUAUCUCAAGCUGACAUGCAAGCCAUUGGCAAUACCAUCACGAUGGUAACGCAGGAUGGCACACCCAUCACGGUCCCAGCUCACGACGCAGUCAUCUCCUCGGCAGGAACGCACUCUGUUGCUAUGGUUACUGCUGAGGGCACAGAAGGGCAGCAGGUCGCAAUUGUGGCUCAGGACUUGGCAGCAUUCCAUACUGCCUCAUCAGAAAUGGGGCAUCAACAGCACAGCCAUCAUUUAGUAACCACAGAAACCAGACCUCUGACCUUAGUGGCAACAUCCAAUGGCACCCAGAUUGCAGUUCAGCUUGGAGAACAGCCAUCUCUGGAAGAAGCCAUCAGAAUAGCAUCUAGGAUCCAACAAGGAGAAACACCAGGGCUGGAUGAUUAAUCCUCAGAACAGUGGAGCAUCGCAGCAGGAGGAGCCUUUCACCUUCGGGCAGCAGACACCCAGGAACCCGGGCCCAGGAAAAUUAGAAUUUUUCCAUUCCUGAAAUACUGUACACGUUUUUAUGCAAGAGUGGAGAACAUUUUAUUCUUGACACUUUUGUGUAUAUAACCCUUGGAAUAGAUUCCCAAACUGAUUCAUUGUGUACAAGGAUGUAUGAAAUUAGGGCAAUACAGUAAAUUUUCAUGUUACUCUUUUAUCAGUUCACAAACUCCUAGAGUCCACAUGCAAGAUCAGCAAAGUCUUAUGGAGUCUUAUGAUGGAUUUUUAACUUACUGUGACAAAUAAAAUAAAGGCUGUAUCUAAAAUGUUAAAGGUUCUAUACUUCAAACAAUCAAUUCCAGAAGCC